AUGGUUCUUGCAGCUGACAAUUCCACGAGAGGCAAAGUGACGGAAGUGUUCCAACAAGCCUCCGCAGUUGGAAUGACGGUAGGCAGGACAUGGGCUUUCAAUGACGGCCAAUGGAGAGCUCUCCAAAAAUCUCCCUCUGUUUACGAUGAAGAGGUCUUCAAGGCCCUGGAUUUCGUGGUGAGCGAGGCCAGAAAGUACAAGAUCAGACUUAUACUGUCAUUGGUCAACAACUGGGACGCAUAUGGCGGCAAAGCUCAGUAUGUUAAAUGGGGGAACGCCUCCGGCCUUAAUCUCACCUCUGAUGACGACUUCUUCACCAACCCCACUCUCAGAAACUUCUACCAGUCUCAUGUCCGGACGGUGCUGAAUAGAGUGAACACCUACACAAACAUAACUUACAAGAACGACCCCACAAUCUUCGCCUGGGAACUCAUGAAUGAGCCUCGCUGCCCCUCUGAUCCCUCCGGUGACAAACUCCAGUCCUGGAUACAAGAAAUGGCGGCUUUUGUGAAAAGCAUAGACGCUAAACAUUUGGUGGAGAUCGGACUUGAAGGCUUUUAUGGUCCCUCUGCCCCUGCGAGAACCAGAUACAAUCCCAACUCCUACGCUGCACAAGUCGGAACUGACUUCAUCAGAAAUAAUCAGGCUCUUGGCGUCGAUUUUGCUACGACGGUGCUGAAUAGAGUGAACACCUACACAAACAUAACUUACAAGAACGACCCCACAAUCUUCGCCUGGGAACUCAUGAAUGAGCCUCGCUGCCCCUCUGAUCCCUCCGGUGACAAACUCCAGUCCUGGAUACAAGAAAUGGCGGCUUUUGUGAAAAGCAUAGACGCUAAACAUUUGGUGGAGAUCGGACUUGAAGGCUUUUAUGGUCCCUCUGCCCCUGCGAGAACCAGAUACAAUCCCAACUCCUACGCUGCACAAGUCGGAACUGACUUCAUCAGAAAUAAUCAGGCUCUUGGCGUCGAUUUUGCUACGGUUCACGUCUAUCCAGACACCUGGAUAUCGACGGCAGUAUCAAACUCUUUCUUGGAAUUCACUAGCUCUUGGAUGCAAUCUCAUGUGGAGGACGCAGAGAUGUACUUGGGAAUGCCGGUUCUGUUCACAGAGUUUGGUGUGUCCGCACAUGACCCUGGUUUCAACACAUCUUUCCGUGACAUGAUGUUGAAUACGGUGUACAAGAUGACCCUCAACUCAACAAGGAAAGGAGGGGCUGGUGCUGGAAGUCUAGUGUGGCAGGUCUUCCCUCAGGGAGCAGAGUUCAUGGAUGACGGCUACGCAGUUUACCUCACAAGAGCGCACACCGCUUCAAAGAUCAUAUCUCUGCAGUCGAAGCGACUCGCCAUCUUUAACUCCUUGUGUAGCUGGAGAUGCAAGUGGGGAUGCAAGAAAAAGAAUCAAACUGCUCUAGAUGCCCUCCUCUCGCACGACGAGCUUUAAGUAUCACAACCUUUUGUGAAUCACAAGAAUACAAUGACAAGUGUAUACAGGUGUUUAAUAUUAUAUAUGUGAAUCAAGAUGGGUGUUUAAACUUACCUUGGAGGGAGAUUCCAGACGAGUA